CCUGUUUGGAAAAUCAACGAUAUCUUUUCUAUUGAUAAAUCAAUUUGUAUAUUAACAAUAUUAUACAUUUAUACAGGUAUUUAUAAUUUUAAUCGAGAUGUCAAACAAAUACAAAUCCGAACGGUAAAAACGAUUUAGAUUUAUUGUACCGUAAACAAAAAUCAUAGACAUAUCAAAUUCAAACUAAAAACAUCUACUCAUAGAAGUAAAGGACUUCGAAAUUGUUUGUUUGAAUAAUAUCGGUAUACGCCUCUAUUUCAUUGAAUAAAAAUCUUCCGUCAUUGAAAGAAUUGCAAGUAUAGGUACCAAAUACAGUAGUCAUAUCUGAUUUAAAUGGUGAUCGUAAUCGUCAUAAAUAAUAUUUUCUUAUUAUAACGUCAAACAUAUUUUGUAAAUAAAAAUAUAAAUUAAUAAUAAAUUUAAUUUAAUACGAGUUUGACCUGUGUUUGCAUAAUAUACUAUAGUAAAAUGAAUACCUGCAAUAUUUCUUUUCUGAUAUUAUAGUUCGCGCCCAGCAGUGAUAUUUUUAUUUACUAUAGUAUAGUCGCGCCUACCUAUAAAUAAUGUAUGGUUCUGAAUUAUUGAAAAUGUGAAAAAUAUACAAUUUAUCGAUAGGUAGGUAAGUAGUUUCAUAACAACGAUUUAUUAUUCCAUUCUACCACCAUGAAGUCUGUAAAAACAUUUUGGACCGAAUAUUGCGAAAAGAGUUCAUUGCAUGGUCUCCGGUAUGUUGUCCAUAAGGAAGCAACUCCUUGGGAAAGAUUAUUGUGGGCAGUGUUAAUGGCAGUCGCUAGUGUCACUAUACUUGUGCAUUUGUAUGCUUCAUGGAAAACUUUCUCAUAUUCAUCCAUUCAAAUCGUAGUGGACGAUCCCCGAUUUCCACUUAGCAAAAUUGACUUUCCGGCAGUAACAAUUUGUUCCAUAAACAAAAUCCUUUAUUCAAAGGCUAAAAGAUUGGUUUUAAGUAAAUACGAAAACGAACCGGAAUUGAAGAAAAAAUACGAAAACUCAUUAUACACCAUGGAAUUUUUACAAUAUCCGUACUACAAAGAACUUCCAAGCUUCGUUGAAAGUAACCCUGUUCUGACCAAUUUCUCACUGGAGACUAUCUCCGAUCUCAUGUUGAAACUUAUGCCCACCGUCGACGAGAUGUUUGAUAGGUGUUACUGGAGAGGCACCGGUUUCAAUUGUUCGGAAAUAUUACGGCUGCAACGAACCGAAGAAGGAUUUUGUUAUUCGUUCAACAGCAAGACGUCGGAAAGGAUGGCAAAUGAUAGCGAAUUCAACCCACCAAUCGCCAAACCAAAUGGAAAGCUAAUACCACUCAAAAACAAUGUUGCGGGCAAAAUGACUGGACUUGAGUUGAUUAUGAAGAGUUUAAUCACUGAAUACUUUCCAAAUGACAAGCGAUUCAAAGGAUACAACAUAAUGAUACACACGCCCGAGGACUUCCCAGAUAUUGCAAGCAGCUAUAAGGUGUACAGCGAACUGAACCAAUCGUCGCGGAUAUCGGUGAGCGUGAGUCACAUACGGGCAGACGAAUCGCUACACCGUCUCGACGAAAAAGAGCGUAAAUGUUUCUUUUACGAGACGAGGACGACAACUACGAAGAACUUCCCAUCGUCCAGGAGCAACGCCGAGGACAACUGUUACAGCGAGUGCCGGCUAAAGAGUACUUAUAAAAUGUGCAAUUGCACGCCGUACUACUUUGACAUGAAAGAGGGCAAGCAACAAUGUGGAAUUGAACACGUACAAUGUCUCAGCAAAAUCAAAGUGCUUCAACACAACGCUCGGGCAUCGGAUGAAGAAUUUGGAUUUCUUAAAUGGAAUGUACAAGAUUUCAUGAACUGCAGUUGCCCACACCCUUGUUCGUUUGUUGGAUACACGACAGAAAUCCGUAACUAUGCAAAAGACUUCUUGGCUUAUACAAAAUUUCCACACGCUUAUACACACAUAGAGGUACAUUACAAAGAAAGAUUUGCCAUCAGUUACCUAAGGUCUAUGAAGUACACUACACAGGAUUUAUUAGUGACAUUUGGUGGAAUGGCAAGUUUAUUUCUUGGUUGUAGUUUGGUCAGCGUGGUGGAACUAAUUUAUGUUAUCUACAAAUCGUUAAUUAUGCUUAAACAUAAAUAUACAAAAGUCCAAACACUUUCAAAACAUGAACAACAACUCAUUUUAUAUCGUCGCCAACGUAAAACACAUCAUUUUUGCAAGCCUCUGUAUAUUAAGCCACCAGGUAUCACACUACCAGAAGUUUGUAAGAAAGUCAAAUAUUGA